AUGAGAGUAGCGCGGACGAAUGUAGCGAAGCUCCUUCUUGAUCUCCGGAUGUGCAGCAGCUCCAGGGAUUUGGAGCGCGGGAAGAGGAUCCAUGAAGCCGCUGGAAGAAUCGCGGGCUCGAUCGUUGCCGCGAAUGCUCUCGUCGCAAUGUACGCCAGGUGCGGGAGUCUCGAUCUCGCGCGCGGCGUCUUCGAUCGAAUGCCGUGCCACAACGCGGGAUCUUGGAGCUCGCUCGUGCUGGGUUAUGUGGAAAAUGGAGAGGGGGGCCUGGGAGUGGAGAUUAUCUUGAGCGGGAUGAUCGCAGCGCCGGAUUCAGGGAUCUUUCUGGCUGGAUUCAAGGCUUGCGCUGGACUGGCGACGAAAGAAAUGGGCUGUGAGAUCGAUGGGACGCUUGUGAAAACCCAGGCCUUGGAGAAAGCCAUGGCGCUUCACUCACAGUUCCAGGGAAGCUCUUGCGGCCGAGACUAUAUCCUUCACAACAAUAUGGUAAGCAUGUAUUCCAAGUGUGGGAGCUUAGCUGACGCUCGCCGGGUCUUUGACAGGAUGCUACUCCGAGACGUUGUGUCGUGGAACUCCUUGGUCAUGGGAUGUGCUGAGAACGAGGAGGAAGAGUUGGCACUCGAGCUGUUUGGCUGCAUGGGAAUGGGAGAAAACUGCGAGCCAGACUCUAGAACUUUAGUUGCGGUACUCAAGGCUUGCGCGAUGCUGGCAGCAAAAGAAGAUGGUUGUCACGUUGAUGGGAAGUUCGUGAAGCUGCGGUGCGUGGAAAAGGUCAUCGCUUUGCACGAUAGAGCUCGAGAGAUGGGGUGUGACAGGGAGAUUUACGUGGCCAGCACUCUUGUUGACGCAUAUGCGAAAUGUGGAAGGAUGGCGGACUCGCAGCAGGUUUUCGACUCCUUAACUUCACACAAUGUGGUUUCGUGGACUGCGCUGAUCCGGGGGUAUGUGGAGAAUGGACAGGGAGAGCUAGCCUUGGAGCUCUUCCACAGGAUGAAACGUGAAGGACGCACACUGCCGGAUGCUCUGACGCUUGCUGCUGCACUCAAAGCCUGCGCUACGAUGGCAGCUAGAGAAGAAGGAAAGCAGAUUGAUGGGAGGACAGUGAAGGUGAAAUGGCUGGAGAAAGGAAUGGUCGUUCACUCACAGGCUACGAGGAUGGUGUCAAACUCUGUGCAAGUCGCAAACACGGUCAUCGAUAUGUACUGCCGGUGUGGAAGCAUGCUAAAUGCCCGGAAGGUGUUCGACACGUUAAGGUUUCCGACUGUGGUGUCAUGGAACGCGCUGCUAUUAGGCUACGCAGACAAUGGUGAAGCAGAGCUGUUGAAGAAGGCCAGAGAAUAG